UCAGAUAGCCGUUGGCUAGCCAUCGCGAUCUCCUCCGCUUUUCCUCCUCCUCCUUCCCCUGGUUUCCUUGCCUGUGAUCCUUCUCCCCGCUUCUCCGGCGUGAUCAUGGCGGACGGAGGUCUUCAUCGCUCGCUGACUGGCACCGGUAGAAGCGCUGCAGUGAGCGCAGAGGACGGAGAUAGGUUACCGAACUUGGUUGGCCGCUCUGCUGUUCGGAAAAGAUUGUCCGAUAUCACUAACACGGCGAGUGCGGGGACGUCCGCAAUGGCAAGCGCCGUAAUCGAGGAGGGAAAGUUCAUGGAUGUGAGCUCCAAGGACUGCGUCUCUCAGCUCAUGAUGGAAAAUACUAACUUGUUGAAGCUUCUUGCAGAGAAAAAUAAACUAAUAGAAUUAAGCGACACUGAGUUGAAAAAACUUCAGAACAAGUUGCAUAAAAGCAAUCAACAGAACCGGCACUUGGCUCGGGUUAACUCUGAUAUGUUUGCGGCCAACUUGGGAUCUGAGGAUUCUCACAGGCAUCUGAAGUUGAUGGGUGACUUGGGUCAGAUUGUUCCCAUGGAGUACAAUCCAAGAGAUGAGAAUUCAAUUAAAGUUGUCAUGGCAAAGGCAAACGUGGUUAUAAAUUUGAUUGGGAGAGAAUAUGAGACAAGGAACUACAGCUUUGAAGAAGUAAACCAUGCGAUGGCUGAACAACUUGCAGCGAUUGCUAAAGAUCAUGGUGGCAUCACGAGAUUCAUACAAGUUUCAUGCUUAGGAGCAUCUUCCUCUUCUCUUCUAGAAUGUUGAGGGCCAAGGCUGCAGCUGAGGAAGCGGUCCAAAGACAAUUCCCUGAGGUUAUUAUGAUUGUAUAUAUUUUAAAAUUAAUGUUUUACAUUUUGGUUUGAUUAUACAAACAUGAAAUUUCAAUGCUGCAUGGAAUACACUUUUUGUCGUUUGCAUGUCAUUGUUUGCCAACAAUUCUAAGGGAUGGACUAAUGGAAUUUUAUAGCCUGUAAA